AUGCUCGCUUCGAUGAACAGUGGCGGCGCUAACGGAACCUCGAGCGGCUCCAAAUCGCAAUCAGCUCAUCGACAGCAUUGCUUCCUGUGUGAUUUACCGCGCUGGCCGUGGGCGAUGUGCAAUGAUUACAACGAACCCGUCUGUCGAGGAUGCGUCAAUUACGAAGGAGCUGAUAGAAUUGAAAAUGUAUUGGAGGCAGCGAGACAAAUGAAGCGUUUUCACGGGUUCCCCGUUGCUGAUCCAGCAAAUGCCAAAACCCAAAUGCCCAAAGAUUCGGAAAGAACAAGCCCAAGAAGGCCGAUUCCUACAGUUCCCACCUCACAGUUUCAAUUAAAUGGAAUUGCAUUAGAGGCGAUCGCCCAACAACAACGGCUACAUCCAUUCCCGGCGAAUUCGCGUGCCGUUGAGGAGCUUAUCCAGCAGCAACUGCGCACGAUCAAUCCACACAGUAUACUCCAUCAGCCGUUCCAGAUCGGCAUUCAGAAUCUGCUGCCGGCGAAUUUCGCCGCUACCACCACUGCAACUGCCAUCGCACCAUCGUCAAACCCGCGCAAACGCGAACUCGACGAAGAUGUCAAACCAGAGAUAUUCGCAAAAGUUCAUCGAGGCGAAGCUCAAACUACGAGCUUCUCUCCAACUUCGACUCAAAGUCCCGAUUUGCCGUUGGUUGAGAAGAUGAGAGCCGUUCCGACCCAGCAGCCGGCGGUUCUCCAAUGCACAUUGUGCCGCGAACGUCUUGAAGACACCCACUUUGUUCAGUGCCCAAGUGUUAAGAAGCACAAAUUCUGUUUUCCAUGCUCUAGGAAAUCGAUUAAGGAGCAAUGCAAGAAUCCAGAUCUUUAUUGUCCUUCGGGUGAGAAGUGCCCACUCGCCAGUGCGGCGAUGCCAUGGGCCUUCAUGCAAGGCGAGAUCGCCCAGAUUCUCGGGACCGAGUACGAAGAGUUCAAGCAGAUACGUGAUGCUCUCGGUCUUGCGCCACCCACCGGCGCCAAUUCGGCCACCGUUGCAGCAGCCGCGGCCGCUGCCGCUGCUGCACUUGCUGCUGGAAGCCAGGCGGCUCAAGCCGCCGCAGCAGCUGCUCAACAAUCAUCCCCGGCGUCGACGACAACUUCGAACACCUCGUCGUCGUCGGUGUCGUCUACUCCCAACAAUUAG